GGUUAUUCCCAAACCAUAUACGGUAGAUCUAUAUGAUAAUCGUUAUUUGGAUGUUUAUUGUAACUUCUCGCACAAGGGAAAACAAGGUGCUUGCAUGCAUUUAGUAUAAGUUUGCAUGGAUUGCACACAAUAAUUAUCAUUAUCAUUGAGACAGACUAUUACUAUGUAUAUAUAGAUCUAUACUUACUGUAGCAUUUCAGCCUGCUAACAAGUGAGCAGAGAUUUGACUGAUAGAUCUAUAUAGGCUAUAUAAAUUAUAGCUGUUCGUUUCUAUUGACAAUACUAUGCUUAGUUCAAGUUUAUUUUCGCUGCUGUGUGUAACUCUCACUCUCAUCUGUGGUGGAAGCACUGAAGGGCAAAAUAAUGAUUUACCAGUUUAUCCAACGGUUUCUCCUGAUCCUGACAUUGGUUCCCUUUACUUUGGAUUAUUGGUUGGAGGUUCACUUGAGAAUAGCUCAGUACUUGCAGCUGUGAGAUUGUCUCUCGACAUCAUCAAUAAUCGCUCAGACAUUUUGAGUGGAUAUUCUCUUCACUACACUCUGACUUAUUCUGGUUGCUCUGGAAGUGACUUGGUGGAUAAGACCUUCACACAACUGGAUGGCAGACCAGAUGGCUGUAAGAAACUUGGCUUGAUCACUGCAGGUUGCACCAGCACAUCACUUGUUUCGUCUUAUGUGGGCAAUCACUUCAAUGUCCCUGAGAUACUGUGCUCUCAGACUGUACAAAGUGAUGCAAGAGAUUUGAAUAUGUUCAGAACUCAUCCCUCCAAGUUAGUGCUUGUACCUGCUCUCGUUAGCAUCAUAGCCUCUUAUGAAUGGACAAAAGUGGCUCUCAUGGUGGAGAACAAGCAAGAAUACACACCAAUAAUUAAAGUGUUGAAGGAGGAAGUGAUGGACCUGAACAUUACCCUCUCUGUCACAACUAUGGAUCUCCAAGGAGACUCGCUGAAAGUGAUCGGGAGCUGUGGCAAAGAUAUAUUUGACUCUGAUGUAAGGAUAUUCAUACUGGUGAUGUCUUCGGAAAUGACUCGACACUUGCUUUGUCAGGCAUUCAAGCAAAGUAUAAAGUAUCCCAAACAUGAGUUUGUAUUGGUUAGUGAGCAAAACAGCAACUGGUGGGUAUCAUCACAAUCAGAGGAUGGACGUUACGGCUGCUCUUCUAAUCAACGAGCUGAUGUGCUGAGCCAUUCACUUGGACUGCAACUAAAUCAAGAUUACAUUGUUCGUAAACAGCAGAAUAUUUCUGAGAAUCCUGAUAUCUCUAGCUUUAUUUGCGGAUCACAGGCUAAGUAUUGCUACGAUGCUGUCUGGACACUUGCUUUGGCACUCAACAAAACCGUGACAGAGUUUGGUGAUAUCGACUGCACUUAUCAAGACUCUCAAAUGAACCAGUUGUACAGUAAUAUUCAGAAAACUGACUUCAUUGGAAAAACAGAUUGUUCGACUAACAAGUCCCAACCUCAAUUACCUGAUAAUCAUCGGAUGUCUGUUCAUCUAUAUUUCAGUGUACUGGUAUUUUAUUCCAUCAACAAACACAGAUGUAGUACUUACGGCUUGUUGUUUUCAAGUUGGAUUUCUGGGAAGUGGCUAUUUUCUUGUCAUGGGCACCAUCGUUGCCAAACUCUGGAGAAUUUACUACAUUUUCAGGAAUCCAGAGUGCACCAGGAAGAGAGCUAUUACAGACUGUCAACUCCUUAUUUUCAUUCUCUUGAUGGUUGCUUUAGAGAUAACCAUAUUUCUCGUGUAUGUGGGUGUGGAGACAGCUGCUCCAGGAUACGAGCUGGAUAUAGUGACUAACCAGGACCAGCCAAGAGGGCUUGUUGGGGAACAAAAAAUCAACACAAAAUAUGAAUACUACAUUUGCAGACGAGUUCCCAACUUACGAACAAUUACUAUCAGCAUCAUAUUUGGAAUAAUCGCUAUUCUUCUGUGUUGUGCUCUGUUUAUGGCCGUCAAGACAAGAAAGG